AUGACAGUGACCUCGGCAUCGUCGUCGAGCCCAGACUCGGUCGCUGUUCUCCUGCUCGACGGCGGCCUGGGAACAUCUCUCGCAGACGACUACGGCGUGCGAUUCGGUCCUCACACGCCUCUGUGGUCGUCCCACCUCCUCAUCGCCGACCAGACCACCCUCCUCGCCUGUCAGAGGGACUUUGCCGAGGUGCCCGUGGAUAUCAUUUCCACGGCGACCUACCAAGUCUCCCUCCAGGGGUUUGCGAACACCGUCACGAGCCGCUUCCCCAAUGGGAUUGGCAGGGGGGAUAUCAUCCCCUUUAUCCGGGACGCGGUUCGCAUCGCCGAGGACGCCGCAGGGUCUACCGGAGCGAGGGUCGCGUUGAGCUUGGGGCCGUACGGUGCUUGCAUGGUGCCUAGCCAAGAGUACAGCGGACGGUAUGAUGAGCAGCAUGACUCGGUGGACGCACUCAGGGGGUGGCAUGUUGACUGCUUGGGUCUUUUCCAGGAGGCCGGGGUUUUCUCUUCCCCCGUGGCCGGCUACGUGGCGCUGGAGACGGUCCCGAGGGUCGAUGAGAUUGUUGCCCUCCGGCAGGCCUUGGAUGAGACUCGUGCGGUCGCGUUUGGAACGCCGUUCUGGAUCUCCUGUUUGUUCCCCCGGGAAGAGGAAGGGAAAGAGUUUACCCUCCCCGACGGGUCCAGCGUGAAGGAGGCGGUUGCGGCCAUGUUGGACGUCUCCCUCAGGACCCUCAUCUCUAGCUAUGAAAGGGCCGUUGCGGAGCUUCUUGCAGCUGAGCAGAUCGACGCCGCUCCUCCGGCGCUCAUCCUUUAUCCGGAUGGAACGAACGGAGAGGUCUACAACACCAGCACACAAACCUGGGAGCUUCCCGAGGGCACUGGUCAACGGGACAUAUCUUGGGAGACACAGUUGGCUCAGAUUGUGCGGGAGACGCGAUCUCGAGGACGGUGGAGGCAGAUCGUCGUGGGGGGGUGCUGCAAAGCCGGUCAUCGCGAGCUUGGUCGACUCUGUCGGGAGUUGCAGCAACAGGGUCUCAGAGGGUGA